AUCGCAUGAAGGACUCGGAGAGCUGAUAAGGACGAUAAGGACCGAAGAUGAUGAGCUCGACAGGGGGGCAGUAUGUGUUGUCCAACACCAGUGUGCCAAUGGGAGAUAUAUCCCCUGUAACACUUGGACCCGAGGGAAGCAAGGUAGCUAGACUGCUGCUGGUUGUGGGACUGGCUACAGUGGGUAGUGUGGGCAAUGUCUACAUGAUCAGUGCUGUCAUCGUGGAGGACCAUCUGAAGAAAACAGGUAAUACAUUUCUGGUAAACAUAGCCCUGGCAGAUUUGCUGGUGACUGGUAUUGUGAUGCCUGCGUCUGCUGUAGUCAUCUUGGCUGGACUACCAGACUCCCCCCCUGUCUGUCACGUGCAAUGGUUCCUGGCUAUACUCUGCUGGAUAGUGACUGUGCUCACUCUACUGGCUGUGUCGGUGGAAAACUACGCUCGUCUAUGCUCCAGACCCGAGCGCUACGCUCUACUGACCCCGUCGAGUGUCACGCUGGUCGUGCUGUGUAUCUGGAUCCUCGGCACCGGAGCGACUGUCGCUCAGUCUGUCUACGAUCUUGGGCCUGACUACUGCGGCAGAAAGAAGGAGGAUGAAGAAGAGGGAAUGCAGAGGAACCAUGCAGCAGUGGCAACAACCGUCGUGGCAAUCAUCGCUUUAUUCACCUCCGCCUUCUACCUAGCAGCCACUUACCAGGUGCGUUCUGCUCAUCUCAACCCUAGCUUCAAGCCUCCGCUAGCCUUCACCUGGGACUACUCUUUAAUGAAGACAAACAUCUCUAGUUUCAUCCUCUUCUUCGCGUUCUGGCUCCCCUUCGGCAUCGUCCUGGCGAUCGACUCCUCCCACCAGGUUUCGUCCAAACUCUUCUACAUCCUCGCGUGGUUUGCACUCAGCAAGUCCUGCGUGAACAACAUUCUCUACGCAGCUUGCAACCGUCACUUCCGCAGCGCCUACCUCAACCUCUUCCACUACUGUUGUUGCAAGACUACCGUAGCUUUCUCCAGGCGGCCACGAGGAGAAGUCAGACCCUCGGGAGAUGUCCGGGUUCACAUCAUCCCUGGAUACAACAUGUACUCCUACACCAGCCCCCAGCGGGCCAGUAGGGAGAGUAAGUCCUCGGGUAAACGAGGAUCCAAUUCAUCUCGCUCCCAGCGAGCCAACGGUAGAGAAGUCUACCAGUUAUGAUCUGUGUUAUGUUAAAGCUUCCCAAUGUUUGUAUAGCUGAUGUUGCGAAAACUUUGUGGUUGAAAAUAAUGUGUUUCACAAUGAAAAUAUUCAAUCAGCUUUACAUAUGAGUAAUGUGUAAUUUGAAAAUUGCAAACAACCAAACUAGUUCUAAACGGGUGAAAGGCUAAACAUCAUGCAAGCUAAAAGGUAUAAAAAUGUAAAGUGUUUGAACCUUUGACUAUGUAUAGAUAGACAUUCCCAUUUUAAGCAGUAGGUGGUUUUCUGGAUAAACCAAACGUACUUAAA